AUGUUCCAAACUGAUGCUCCUUCAUCAAGAAUCGUUAGCUCUGGAGGCUCCCGGUCACUUGAUGUACUUUUACCUGAAUACCCAGGAACAUCCGAAUUUAAUGAUUUUAUCACUACAGUUGAGAAACGUGGUGUCGGAGCAAUGGAAUUAGUAGCUAUUGAUAUGAAAUUGCGAGGGAUGUACAUUGCCAGGCAAUUAUGUUUCGCUGGUGUUCAUUUCAGGGUUGAAGAAAUACCUUUAUCUAGAAAAUUUAUUCGACUUUACGAUCAAUGUGUUGACCUUUGGGUUGAUGCAAGAUUAAAGUUUGAAAAAGCUUUAGAAUUGAUGGAAGGAGAGUCAAACAUUAAGAAAGCGGUUUGGGCUCAAUUUUGGGCAUCACACCAGCGCUUUUUCAAAUACCUUUGUAUCGCCUCUAAGGUUAAAUAUGCAACCGUUGAAGCUUUAAAAGACGAAAAAAGUGUCGUCAUUGGUUUACAAUCUACUGGUGAAGCGAAAACUUUGGAGACACUUGAAGAAAAUGGUGGAGAGUUGAAUGAUUUUGUAUCCACAGCUAAAGCUGUUUUCCAAUCACUCAUCGAUAAACAUUUUCCAGCUCCUAAUCGAAAGAAAACUCUUCGUCUAUUGGGCUUGGAUUCUUCAUCUUCAUCUUUUCUUGCUGAUUUGGGAAUUAAAAUUCAGCAACGAGGAAGUGAACAAAUUCUGAUUAGUGAACCUGUCGAGGCAGGUAGUUCUAAAAAAGAUUCGAAGUCAAAAGUCAAGCGAUUCAAGCGUGACUCUAAGAAAACUGAUCUCGGUGGAUUUGGAUUAAGUGAUUGUGAUUCUAGUGAUAGUGAUGAUAGUGAUGAUUUUCUUGAGGUUAAAUCAAAUGAUUCUGAUAGUGAUGAUUUCUCUGAUAUUGAACCUUGGGAUCUUUGGCAGCAAAAUAAACUCAAAGAAGAGGGUAAAGUGAAACGUGAAAAAAAGCAAAAGGUUAAAAGUAAUCAAAACAAUCAAAAGAGACCCAAGAGAAAACUUAAAAUAUCAAAAAAAUUUGAAGGAUUCAAAGGUGAAUUCAUGUCAGAACAAGCCGGUCAAAUUUGUGAAGAGAUGAGAGACGAAUUAUUACAAAAUUUAGAAAUUCUUGGUGAAGUUUUACCUCCCAAUACAUUAGACGAGCUGAUUGAAGAGCUCGGUGGUAUCGAUAAUGUUGCCGAAAUGACUGGUCGAAAAGGUCGAGUUAUAUCUAGUGAAGAUGGUUCAAUUCAAUAUGAAUCACGAACAGAAAAUGAUGUUCCCCUUGAGAUUCUCAAUUUAACCGAGAAACAAAGAUUCAUGGAUGGUGAGAAAAGAAUCGCCAUCAUCUCAGAAGCAGCUUCUUCGGGUAUCUCUUUACAUUCCGAUAGACGAGCGAAAAACAAAGCAAGAAGAGUUCAUAUUACCAUUGAAUUACCUUGGAGUGCUGAUAGAGCGAUUCAACAGUUUGGUCGAACCCAUCGAUCUAAUCAAGUAAAUGCUCCUGAAUAUGUUUUCCUAAUCUCAGAUCUUGCUGGUGAACAAAGAUUUGCAUCUAUUGUUGCCAAAAGAUUGGAAAGUUUAGGAGCAUUGACUCAUGGAGAUAGAAGAGCAACCGAUGCUCGCGAUUUCAGUAAAUAUAACAUAGACAAUAAGUAUGGUCGUCAAGCACUCGAACAAACCAUGAAAUCAAUCGUUGGUUUAAUGGCACCAAUUGUCCCUCCACCACCCGGUUAUUCAUCUAAUUUCUUUGCAGAUUGUAAGAAAGGUUUAAUUGGUGUUGGUAUGGUGGUUUAUGAUUCCGCUACUCGACAAUAUACUCUCGAUAAAGAUUAUCAGGUUAUUGCCAAAUUCCUGAACCGUAUCUUGGGAUUACACGUUGAACUUCAAAAUGCACUUUUUCAAUAUUUCAGUGACACACUUGAUGCUGUUGUUAAACAGGCAAAGAAACUUGGAUGGAAAACUGAUGGAAAACACUCAUCAGAUGAAAGCACACUGAGGCACAAUCAUCGAGUGGGAUAGUGAUUCAGCUUCAGA